AUGGACUCGGCGCCCCUCCGAGCGCCGCCUGCCGCCGGGGGCACGCCUCUCCCGGGGCAAGCUCCGGUGCCAGGCGCCGCACGGGGUCGAAGCUGCCUUGCGGAGGGGCUGCCCCGAGCCCUUCACCGCCGGGCUGGGCGUGGGGAGGCGGGGAGGCAGGGAGGGACCUUCCGAAAUUGUGAAGGCGCCCUCCCGGCUGACGGGUUCGUCCCGGUCCCGCCGUCCAUCUCGGUAAGUUCACCCCGUUCAGAAACCCUCUCGCAGGAUCGGUGCAGCGGAUGCAGCUCGGCUCCGCCAGGCGAGAGCUGUCAGCGAGCCCGCACCGCGAGCGAAGUGCUUUCCACGCCUCGGGAGAGCUGUCUUCUUCCCAAGUUUCCGCUUAACUCUGGUGCACCUGCUGUGCGGCUACGUGCGGGGAGCCCGCCGACGAAAUGCAUCGCGAGGCAGUGCCUCAGGAACCUAGCAAAGCACACGCCGGGGGGUGUGUGCACAGACCCUUUUCCAGGUGCCAGUGGGGUGUGCAGGACUUCUUGGACCAGCAGAGCCGGGAGCAGCGUUCACAGAUGGACAGGGACAGUCAUUUCCCUGCUUGAAGCCUCUGGUCUGCAUGCAGGGAUUCAGAAAGAGGAAACAGAAUUCGGAAGAAGAGUGGAAAGAAUGAGAAUUCAUCACACAGGAACCAUUCUCUGACAAGGGAGCUCUUUCUCAUGGAAAUCAGUCACGAUUCAUUAAUGUGGCAGCACAGGCACAUUGGGCAUGAGAACUACAAGGUAAGAGAACUCCGGUGGGUUUAGACAGUGCCAGAGCAUCUCAGCAAUGCAGAGCAAUGGAAAUACAUCAAACCUGUCUUCUGCUGCAUGAACAAACAGAAUCUGUGUCAACAUCAGCUCCCACCUUGCCAAGUAAAUGGUCUGGGCUCUGGGUAUAUGAACAAACCUAUCAUGCCCUGGGA